UAUUUUUUUUUAAUGACAGUAUAACCUGUCUAUAUGCAGUUCAGAUAAUAAACCAAGCGAUUCUAGAGAAGAGGUGCGAGCGUUGUGAUUUUCUCUUCUCUGCAGAAAUCCUCGAUCGUGUUUCGCUCCUCAACAACUAGGGUUCCUCCUCCACUCUUACGCUCUACUCUACCUAACUCUGAUACAAAUGAGUGUUGUGACAGAUUCUCCUGUACAUUCUUCUGGCAGUGAUGACUUUGCUGCAUAUCUCAACGAAGCACUUGAUGAAAAUUCAUCCAGCUCAUCCUCAGAUGAAGAAGCUGAAGGCAAAAAUGAGUUUGAGGAUGUCAGCAGAAAUAAAAGACGUAAAUUUGAAAGCACUGAAGAAACUGAGGGGUCUACUUCAGAAGGAAUUGUGAAACAUGAAUUAGUUUUUGCAGAGUCAUCCGUGAAGGUAGAUGUUUGUACACAUCCUGGCUCAUUUGGAGACAUGUGUAUAUGCUGUGGGCAAAAGUUGGAUGAGGAAUCUGGUGUGACAUUUGGGUACAUACACAAGGGACUGAGACUUCACGAUGAGGAAAUUUCUAGACUGCGUAAUACAGACAUGAAGAAAUUUUUAUACAGUAAAAAACUUUACCUGGUUCUUGACCUAGAUCACACACUGUUAAAUACCACUAUCCUUAGUCAUUUGAGCCCAGAAGAGUCGCAUUUACGUAACGAGACAGAUUCUCUAGAAGACGUCUCCCAAGGUAGCCUCUUUAAAUUGGAGCAUAUGAAUAUGAUGACCAAGUUGAGGCCCUUUGUCCGUACAUUUCUUAAAGAAGCAAGUGAAAUGUUUGAGAUGUACAUCUACACCAUGGGUGAUAGGCCAUAUGCAUUGGAGAUGGCCAAGCUCCUUGAUCCUCAAGGAAAAUACUUCAAUGCUAAAGUGAUAUCUCGAGAUGAUGGGACUCAAAAGCAUCAAAAGGGUCUUGAUAUUGUUUUUGGGCAAGAAAGUGCUGUCUUAAUUCUCGAUGAUACAGAACAUGCAUGGAUGAAUCAUAAAAGCAAUCUGAUACUUAUGGAAAGAUACCAUUUUUUCGCUUCAAGUUGUCGGCAAUUUGGCUUCAAUUGCAAAUCUCUUGCUGAAACGAAGAGCGAUGAGAAUGAAAUAGAUGGAGCACUUGCAAAAAUACUUGAAGUGCUCAAGCAAAUCCAUAGCACAUUCUUUGAUAAACUUGAAGGAGAUCUUGUUGACCGAGAUGUGAGGCAGGUUUUGUCAUCACUUCGAGGUGAAAUCUUAAGCGAAUGUGUGAUCAUUUUCAGUCGUAUUAAUCAUGAUGCAUUGCCAACUCUCCAGAGAGUCGCACAGAAAAUGGGUGCUACAUGCUUGACGGAACUUGACCCCACAGUGACACAUGUGGUUGCUACUGACGCUGGAACUGAGAAGUCCAGAUGGGCAGUUAGAGAAAAGAAGUUUUUGGUUCAUCCUCGAUGGAUAGAGGCUGCAAAUUACUUUUGGCAAAAACAACCCGAAGAGAACUUUGGUCUAAAAAAGACCACUAACAACUCUUAGUAUAGCACUGAUCUAUCUAUCUAUUGGUGAUGAAUCAAAAACUUCUCUUUAACUUCUUAUUUUGGUAGAAGCGCAAAUUGAGAAUUUUUUUCUUUGAUGAAUCUAAAACUUCUCUCUUUUGAACUUCUUAUUUUGGUAGAAGCAAAAUGAGAACUUUCCCUUGUUUCAAUACAAGCUUAGGCUUUUAUGAUAAUUUUGUAGUUUAUGAAACCAAAGACUUGGAAGGUUACAAUGCUAUUGCAAUUAUAACAUGUACAGAUUUUAUUGGUUCCCA